AUGGACAGUGUUCCAUGGAACUAUAUUAUUAUAUCAGUCAGUAGCAUUAUAGGGUGUGUUAUUAUAUAUGUUUUAGUUUCAUUUUUAAUUAAAAAACAUACAAAUAAAAAGAAUCAAGUGAUACAUUCUAUUAACAGCGAUGAAUAUAUACCAAUAAACAAUAAAUUAUUAUUUUCAGCAGACCAAAAGCAACAACAAAUAAAACCUCAAAUGUAUUCAUAUUGCCAACAUACAAAUCCCCAAGAUACAGUUUCACCACCCCCUUUACUAGCAGUGAAUGGUUCAAGUACUUUAUACCCAAAUCUAUAUUUUUAUCAGAACAAUGAAAUAAAUAAAAAUAAUCCAAGUCAUCUCAGUGGUUAUUAUAAUUAUUAG